UGGCUAUCCAAAUGCAGUAAGACUUGUUGUUGAUUGCCUGGCGCCUGUUCUCUCUCUCUCUUUCUGUCUUCCCCCUUCCACCAACCCCUUCAUCCAUUACCGCCAGCCAGAGGAUGGGCACGGUCCUGUCUUUGUCCCCAGAGCCCAAGGGCAAGGGUGGCACGGUGGAAGACACGGUGGGCAAGAGUGCCAAGGAGAAGGGGCUGAAGAAGCACUCGGUCCUCAUCUCCGCCCUGACCUGGAAGCGCCUGGUGGCCGCCUCGGCCAAGAAGAAGAAAGCCAAGAAGGUGAACCCUGGCCAGCCGCCUCAUGCCAACGAGCCUGCCAGCGGCGCCAUCGUCAGCAGCAACAACAACAACAACCCGGUCAAGCAGCUCAACGAGGAGAACCUGAAGAAGUCCUGCCCUCCCGCCGGCGCUCCGCCGCAGCCGCCCGCUGCCCAGCACAGGGCCAUCCCGGUGCCCCUGCCGGUGGUCCCCCCCAGGCAGCUGGGCUCGGGGCAGAAGCAAGCCGGCGGCCGCGCCCUGGCCUCUCCGCGCCGGGUGGUGGUGCAGGCGUCCACCGGGGAGCUGCUGCGGUGCCUGGGCGAGUUCCUGUGCCGCCGCUGCUACCGCCUGAAGCAGCUGAGCUCCGGCGAGGCGGUGCUCUGGUUUCGGGGGGUGGACCGGGCGCUGCUGCUCCAAGGUUGGCAAGACCAAGGCUUCAUCAGCCCGGCCAACGUGGUCUUCGUCUACCUGCUGUGCCGGGAGGUGGUGAGCGAAGACAUCGCCACUGACUUCGAACUGCAAGCCACCUUCCUCACCUGCCUGUACCUCGCCUACUCUUACAUGGGCAAUGAGAUUUCCUAUCCCCUCAAGCCGUUCCUGGUAGAAGCCAACAAAGAGGUCUUUUGGGACAGAUGCCUCUCCAUUAUCGGCGAGAUGAGUGCCAAGAUGCUCCAGAUUAAUUCAGACCCGCAUUACUUCACUGAGGUCUUCCAAGACCUGAAAAACGAGGCCAGCAGCAGAGACUGUAAUGGACAAUACAUUAUCAACCUGGACCGUUAG